UGAGUUACACAACGUAUGAUGACGUAUACACACUUCCGUAACUUAUAAACAAAAAAUUUAAUUCUGUCGAGACAAGUUUGAAUUAAAAUCGUUCUGUAAUAAUCAAGCAUUUGUUUUGUUAUACACUGAAAAAUGUCACAACAAGGUGCAGCCUUGCAGAGUUAUAACAAUGAGCUUGUAAAGUGUAUAAAUGACCUGUGUGGUAAAAGAGAUGAGCUCCAUAAACAGAUCAUGCAAGAGGAAGAGGAGAAACAAAAGCUUCAAAAUGACAUUAGAAUAUUAACUGAGAGACUUGCCAAAGUAAAUGAGAGUUUAAGUAAAAAGAUGGCAUCAAGAAAUGAGUUUGACAAAACUAUAGCUGAAACUGAAGGGGCCUAUAUGAAGAUUUUAGAAAGUUCACAGACUUUGUUGAAUGUCCUCAAAAGAGAGUCACAGAGUUUACGUGAAAAAUCCACAGUCAAAUCGAGCGGUACUGCGAUGUCUUGAUAGAAUAAAGCAUUUCAAAAAUAAAACCAUUGUGAUAUAAACUAUUCUAUAUUUGAAUUUUUCAAUAUGUUCAGAGAUUUACAUUUUGGUUUUCUUGAAAAAAUAUAGAUUGAAUCACAUGACAUUUUGGAGUAUAGACACUUGAAUGGUUUAUAGUUCCAGUUUUUUAGAAAAAGCAUUAGAUCUAUAGGUAAUUCUUUUAAAACAAAAAUGAAUUAUAAAGAUAGAAAAAAUCUUUUUAUAUACACAUUUUGAUUGAGAUAUUUAUAUGUUUAACAUAUUGCAGAGUUGAUUUUACAUACAUUAAUUAAUACAAUAGUCAAUCCAUGUUUUAGGCAAUAAGCUUGUAAUGCAGGGACAUAAAUAGAUGUGCUAAUGAUAUAGUAAAAACUUUUUGCCGAGUUAUUUUUGUUUUAACUGAAUCUUAUCCAGAACACUUAACUUCUUUUUUGUAUUUUAGGGUCAAGUCAAAUCAUUUGAAAUUAUAUAUUUGAUAAUUAUUUUAUUGUAAUUUUUAAUGAAUAUUAUCUCUCAAAUAUCAAUGUUAAGGCUUAAAGAUUUUUUUUCCAAUGUCCGAGAAUUAUUAAAGAGAUUUUUUCUCAAGAUUAACUCAGGUGCUAUUAUUCAAAUUUAUAUUUUAAAUUUACAAAGAUUUCCUCAGAUUCCGAAUUUAAAUUGGGCAAAUCCAUAUAAAUUUAGCAGUGUUACGAUUUAAUCAAGACAAUAUUAUUACUAUAUGUGCCUUAGCCCUCACAGUUUUUUGCUGUGUCUCUGUUACAACAAUGAUAGGUUGAUUAAUAACCAUUUUACAGCAGAAAUUUAUCAACACUGCUGUAUUUUCUAACCUUUGUUUAAAGUGCCACUUAUAUAAUUAGUGAAGUAGGUUGGUAGUUUAACCUUUACAUGUAACCUUUUGGCUGAUACAGAUAUGAGCAGUGUCAUGACAAAACCAACAUAGUGGGUUUGCGACCAGCGCCUCCGCGCAGUCUGAUCAGGAUCCAUGCUGUUCGUUAUCAGUUUUUCUACUUGUAAUAGAGUUGGUUAGCGAACAGCAUGGAUCCUGAUCAGACUGUGCGGGGCGCAGGCUGGUCUUGAUCCAUGCUGGUCGCAAACGCACUAUGUUGGUUUUGUCAUGACACGGCUAAUUUUUUUUCCCUGUAACUAGUGCAGACCAAGAUCAUCUGGUACAUAAAUGCUGUCUGAUCAUGGUCUACACUGUUUACUAUUCAGUCAAUACUUACUUUUGAAAGUUUUAUCUAAAAAUGAAAGUAAGAAAAGGUGAUGAGCUAAUUGAAUGAUGGAUAAGUACAUUUUUAUGUAAUUUUAAGAUAUUCAGUGUACAUGUAGUAAGUUAGAUUUAUAAAUGUUUGUCUUUUAGAUUUUUUUCUCGUGAGAAAAUUUAAUGGAUCACUCUAAUUACUAAGCUAAACUAUCAACAAUUGCAUCAAAAUAUUUUCUAUAGUAACUUAGUUAGUUAGUUAAGAUUAUGAUGAAAAAAAAACC